AUUUCGUCGUUUUCAUUUCGUUCAAUUUCGUCAGUUUACAUUUUAUAUUAUAAAAAGAUUGUUUAUUAUGAAGUAUUUUCGGUAAAAAUAAUACGGAAUCAUGUCAGCUACGAAAACUGAUUGUUUACAAGAUACAGUGACAGUGUUAAUAAAUGCUAUUGGGGAUAGUGAAAAUUCCGUAAAUAAUGUUGUAAUUAAGUCCCUAACGAAAAUAGCAAACAUAUAUCCGAAUGAAGUGAUAGAUAUAUUUAGUGAAUUUUAUAAGAAUAGCGCCAAAGUCAACAAUACGCAGCUGAGCAAUAUUGUUAAUACCGCAGAUGAACAAAGAUUCAUGGUUUUAGAACAAACAUGUGUGAAUCAAGUGAAGAAACUCAAUUCAAAAACAGCAACGGAUCUGGUGAAUGCAAUGCUUCGGGCAAUGACGGAGAACACAGCUUACGAGCCUGUCAUACAGAUGGGAGCCUCGUCAGUGCUGGUUGCUGUCAGCCAUGAGUACUUGGAUAUGGUACUUAGGCUCCUCAUCAACCAGCUGUCACCGGCGUCAGUGCCACACUAUGCCAUUGUUCACACAUUGGGAACACUCGCUGCGGUCAACACGCACGACGUUGUGCCCCAUAUUAAGGAGAUUCUAAGCAAAAUGUUGCCCCUUCUAACUCUAGUCAAACAAGACGGCGUCAAACAGGCCUUCGCUUACGCAUUCGGUCACUUCGCAGUCGCCGUCGCAGAACAGAUUGGUGACAAUGUCGAGAAUGAUAAUAUUACAUCCAUAAAAGAAAAUUUUGUUACGGAAUUCUCCAUAAUAUUUGAUGUACUAUACAACCAGUGGCUCUCAUCUCAUGAACCUAAAGUAUCUGAAUCGAUAUUGGAAGCGCUCGGCCCAAUAACAAGACUGAUAUCUGAAAGGCAGUUCAACGAAACUGUAAACAAGUUUGUCCUUUCAUUGCUGUCAUUGUAUCGAAAACCAGCAUUAAACUUCUACUACAUUAGUCAAUGUAUCUCUUAUAUGCUUUCACCGUCGACUUUGAAUCCCAAGCUGACAUUAAAUGACAAUGUAAUAACUGCUAUUAAUCACGCCAUGUUCAAUUUGGUCCUUGUCGAACCGGAUUAUGAUCAGCCGCACACUGUAAAAAAUCAUUUCGAAGUUUUAAGAUGUUUCGAUCACAUGGCCGGACAGUUUCCAGAACAGACCAUCGAAGGUCUCCUACAUCACUGUAAAAAUAACCAGGAAAAAGAUAGAAUGAAGGCUGUGAUAAUAUUGACACACUUGACUACGUCGUCGCAAGUCUUUAUUGAUAAGUAUGCUAUCAAAUUUAUAGCUAUUCUAAAAGUUAUGAUUACUAUGGAACAAAACGUGAAAAUGAAGAAAUUGCUUAUUAAAGCGAUCGUAGGUUUAGUUUAUAGAAAUUGUAUAACGACAUCCGAAGAUUUCUCUAUGAUAGAAUUUAUCAUAAAACACUGCGGCUACGAGGGAGCUGCUAACAUUCCUAAACACGACAUAUUAGAUCUGCACGAUACUUGUAAAAGUUCCUUAAUACUUAUGUGUAACACGGUAACGAGUGUUAGAACGCAAUUACGAAAUCUAUUACUUACUGCGUUAACUGUUGAAGAAUUUACUAGUUCAAUGACUACAGUGAGUCAUUGUUUAACUUCGCUUCUACAAAACAAUUCCGAUGUAAUCGUAGACGAGCCCACAGACAAAGCUCUCGAAGUCAAAAUAAGUGCAGAUUUAGUUUUUGUUAGAUGCAUAACACACAUCGUCGAUCCUAACGAGAAAGAAAAGAAUAAGAGUUUGUUGAUAUUCUUGGAGGAGUAUUCCGGCGAUGUUCAUAAGAAUUUAAAGAAAUCAUGGACGGUCGAAAUUCAAAGAUUGUUAAAGUUUGUAGAUAAGAAUGAAUCGAGGGAUCAGUGGCAUGGCAUGUUACUGGACAUGUUGGUGUCCGCCAUCGAACAGGUGAACAGCAACAAAUGGGUGGAGACGAUAGCGACACUGAUUUCACAACAGGUUCUAAGCAAGAAACAGUCUCCAAUGAUAAAAGGUGUAUCCUUACAGUACUUGGCUAUCCUAUCUUGUCACAUGUCUAACGCAGCGGCCGUCGAGAAAGUCUUGAAAAUAAUACUCUUCUCUUUAAAAGCGAUACCUUUGGAGAGUUGCGAUUACGUCAGCAAAGCAGUCGGAAUAGCAUCUAGGCAGCACGGGGAAGACGUCAUGAAUGAGCUAGAUGCUAUCUAUAAAGAGAAUGAAGCUAAAAGAGGCAGUAAAAUAUUUAACUUCCUUUCGCCGAAAAGUUCCAAAAACGAAACGGAAAUUAGUGUAGUUAAAUUUGCAGCUAUAUCUUGUUACGGAAAAGUGGCCAACGAAUGCUUAGACGUACACGUUUUAGCGCGUCUCGGGGAAAAUGUAACAUCUAUUCUGCACGAAACAUUGAAGUCCAAUCCUCCUUUUGACUUGUGCAAAGCGAGCGUGACAACACUCUACGAAAUAAGUAAGGCGCUUCAACCCGCGUCACAUCAUAACAUCACGCUGCGGAAUCGCUGGCAGUUAUUAAAUGCUGUCUUAUCACAAAUUUACAACUCAAACAUUGACGGUCGCAACGUGGAACUGUACCCGAUAAUAGUAAAAGCUUCGAAAGCCUUAACUAAAUUACAAAAAGGGAUAUUACCUGAAGAGAGGAAUACUAUACUGCGAGUUCUAUUCGGAAGUAUCUUCGAGGAACUGUCAUCAUUUAAGGAUAAAUAUGAAAUAGAUGGGAACAGGGAUAAGAACGAUUUAUUGGCUAAAACUUUGAACGAUUCAUUGACGUUACUGCACCAACUGAUUAGAGAGUUGAUAAUACAAUCGACAUGUUUGAGCACGAUCGAUGAUCUAGUCGGUCUUCUGAUGGAGUGGAUACGCAGUGAAAAUGAUGAAAUCAGAUCUGCUUCCAUGCUGAUCCUUCAAGUAGUUUUCGACUCUUACAUUAAAAAUGUAAAGCUAAAUUAUGAAACUCCAAGUAAAUUCGGUCAGAUGGGAUAUCUACUAGGGAUACUGGUUCCGGGCGUCGCCGACACUAACUUCCAAGUGAGACUGACCACAGUGGAUUGCAUCAAAUUGAUAAUUCAAACGCAAGAUUUGUACGAAGGACUUAUUGUCGAAGCGGACAAUGAAUGUAUGGCGAGUCUCGCUCACCUACAGAACAAUAUAUUGACGAAUGAUUUGAAUAUGAUAAGUGAUUACUGCACGAUAUUGUGCGAUACAAUAUCAUCUAAGAUACCUCAUCAUCACACGAUGCAGUUUAUAGAGAGUUUAUUAGAGGGUUACGAUAGCCAGGAGUACAGGAGUGUAGGUAUCAGUGCGGUGCUGAACGCUCUCUUCAUGAAGAAGGGUCAAGAUCUGUACCAGAAUAUUGAAAGGAUAGUGGAGGUGAUGCUGACCACGAUGGACGAAGUGAACGAGGAUGCCAUGACCAGGCUGCUGUCGCCGCUGACGUCACUAACGCGGCACCACUCCAACGCGGUCACCGCUGUACUACUAACGCAGAAGUUGCCCUUGAAACCAUCAGUGAUGGCCUGUUGGCGAUGUCUAGCGAGCGAUGAAAGUCUGUCAGAAGCUAUCAUAGACAAUUUCCUAAGGCUGAUGACGUCUAUCGAAUUGUACGAGGAUCCCUACCAUGUUACUGAAACUCACAUCGCUGCGUUGCAGCCGCUUACUCUGAUAAGCGCGCUCGGUGAAAUGUUACAAGUGGGCACAAUGAAGGCGCUGUGUAUCGCGAAGUUCUCGGACAUGUUCACUGUACUGUACACGACGCUGGCUUGUUACCUGGAGGCGGCGGCGCCUGCCUACACCGUGCCCACUGGCGGCCGCGAGCGCUUCGCCAUCGUGCCCAACAGGGACGCCAUCAAACUCUCCCCCGCCAAGAUCACUGUUCACACCUUCAAUGCAUUCCUAGACCAAGCUGAUUGUCAAAAGGUGAGAGAGGCGUGCUCGUUGUGCCUGUCUGUGGAGCACGGCGAGGGCACGCUGUGCGAGCUGGCGGCGCUGCUGGCGGGCGCGCUGGCUGGACCUCGGCUGGCGAGCUGCGUGGCGCGGCUGGCGCGGUGUGCGCGCGCCCCGCUGCCCCCGCAGCGCUGCGCCGCCGCCGCACUGCUCGCCAACCUGCUCGACCAUCGUUGCAACGAGAAGCCGGUGUUGGCGGAGACGAUCCUGGCGACGCUGAGCACGGGGUGGAAGGACGAGAACGCGCGAGUGCGCGCUGCCAGCCUGCGCGGCGCCGCCAACGUCGCGCGUCUGCCGCCCGCACUGCGCCCCGCAGCACUGCCCGCAGCGCUCAGCGCGCUCAGCCAGGGCAUCGAUGCACACAAGACACAAUCUCCGAUUGACAACGUGCCCCUGGCCGCCAUCCAAGGUCUGAGCCGUUUGCUGACUGAGCUGGAGACGUUGGACAAGGAGUUUGAUCGCGAGCUGCUGUCCAUAUCUCAGAAGAUACGUCCCUUCAUGAACACGGAGUGCGCGCAGCUGCGGGAGGCCUCCAUCAGGUUGUUCGGCAUCAUCGCCUCCAGAGUCAGCUCGGAGACACUCAUAGAGCAAGCUGUUAGCUCCCUGCCCUGCUUCUUGUUGCAUUUGUGUGAUAACAAUCCUGCUGUUGUUAGAGCGAGUAAAUUCACAUUACGUGAAGUAUUCAAAACAUUGAAAGUAAAGAAGUCGAAUGAUUUCGUGCAAGCGCAUCUCGUGGACGAGGGGCGGCUGUACCUGGACGAGUUCCUGGGCGCGCUGCUCCGGCAGCUGGCGGAGGAGAUGCCUCGCUGCGUGCCCUCAUGUCUGCAGGCCGCUGUUAACUACCUGCACUGCAUCGUCGAGGAGAUGAAGCCACAUCCCCCGCUCUUGUUAGGUCUACUAUACGCGGAACUUUACCGUAUACAAGAGAAGACAUCAGAAGAUAUAGAUCUAGAUCCAGAUAUAACAAAAAGUGCUAAAUCACGCUUACUGCAGUUGAUUAAAGAUCCCAACCCAGCUGUGAGACAGAACUCGGCGCUCGCUCUCGCUAAUAUAUGUCUCGUCUGUGCUCACCAUGGAUGACCUCAUGAGGUCUUACCACGAAGACAAUAUGGCCAUCAGUAUGACCGUAUGGUCAAUAUGGUCAUACGAAAUACACGCUAUGUAUUGAAGUAAAUAUUUGAAAUUAUUAAGACAUUUAAACACAACAAAUAUGUAGUCAGAGUAAUUCCAUUUGCCGCAAUCAUACAUCUACAUACAAAAAUGCUUGUCACUUGGCAAUAUGAUGAAAAGAGACAGACGUAUUUUAACUAAUAUUUAUCUCUCGCUCACUCAUUCGGUAUUCAAACAUCAUCAAUUAAUAGACGUCGCUAGGUUCUAGAUCAGUGUGUUCCCAAACUUAUUUUGUGUACUGCCCAUUUUGAGAUUAAACAUUUUUUCACAAGUUAUUGUUGAGAGUCGAGAGCUCAUGCAUCGUUGUCUAAGAGGCCUCCUAGCUAAAUAAAGUUACAAAUCACCCCCCAGGCCUCUACACAACGCCCCCAUUUUCUUUCUGGGUCUCUUACCGCCCCCCUUGUGACCUGCAGCGCCCACAAGGGGGCGUUAUCACCUACUUUGGGAAAGAUUAUUCUAGAAAUUGACAUUUUUCAUACACAAUUUAUGUUGCUAUUUAGAUGCAUUCAACACUUCAUAUGUUUGAUUUGUAUGUUAUGCUAUUAACUGCAAUUUUAUCACCUAUUUGGUGUUACCACAUUAUUCAUCAUCAGCUCACUAUACAUCCCCGCCAAGGGGCUCGGAGCCUACCCUAAAUUAGGGGUGAAUACCACAUUAUUAUUUAAGUGAUUUUGUUGACAUAUGUUUUUAAAUAAGCUAAGGACGUAAGACAUGUUUGCCUUGAAAUAUGUAAUUAUUUUUUGUAACUGUUCUUUUGAUUUCAAAAUUAAUUCCAACACACGUCAUGCUAUUACGAUUUUUCGUGUAAAAGUGAAUUUGGAAGUGUCGGCAGUGCACGUGUUAUAAAAAAAUAUUUUAUAUUUAUUGAAUUAUACGCAAUUGCGUUUAUUGUUUAAAAGUCUAUAAUAAAGUCUUUGACGAAAGUGUUUAGUGAGACUGAAAAAAAAAUUAGAAAAAAAAUCGAAUAAAAAUACUGUAAUUUAGUCGGUUUGUAUGAAAUUGUUAACCAAUCUAGUUAUAUUUUUAAUAUUGUUAUAUAUAUUGUUAGCUUCCUAUAUUUAGUGACAAGACAUAUAGGAGAUAAAUAUCGCAUAAAAAUUAACCACCAGUCUGAUUAAAUGGCGUCGUCAGGGGUGGGGGGGGUUAGAGAGGGGUAGCUGUCGAUUGGAAAUGUUUAGAUAUCUGAAUGAAUGGAUAUUAACAGUUAAACAGAUCUCGCUGAAAUUAAUGAUAAAUAUAAAACACAGUUUGGAAGAACAAAUAGACUA